AUGACCGCCACGGCCGGCGCGGACGUAGUCCAAUCUAGUGCCGACCUUUUGAUCGAUCUUCCGGAUGGAACAAUUCUUGGAUCUGAGACGAAAACCGAAAACUAUUCUUAUUAUGCCUACCGAGGCAUUCCAUUUGCAAAACCUCCACUAGGAAAUUUAAGGUUCCAGGCUCCAGUACGAAACGACCCUUGGGACGGAAUUUUAGAUGCUAGUGAAUUGAAAGACUGUUGCAUACCUUUAGGCUCUUCUCAAGAACAACAAAGUGAGGAUUGCCUAUAUAUCAAUGUUUUCACACCACCGCAAAAUACAACAGAGACACUGCCAGUAAUGAUCUGGAUGUACGGGGGCGGAUUUACUACCGGAUGUGCGCUCGAGAGCGUCUUCGGACCACAGUCUCUUACAAACGAAGGAGUUAUAGUGGUUACAUUCAACUACCGUUUGGGUCUAUAUGGUUUUUUAAGUACAAAUGACAGCGUGAUUUUGGGUAACGCUGGACUCAAGGACCAACUACUAGCGAUGAAAUGGACACAGAAAAAUAUCGAAUUUUUUGGUGGCGAUCCAGAAAAAGUGACAAUAUUUGGUGAAAGCGCAGGCGGUGUGUCAGUGGGAGCGCACGUCGCGAACAAAAAAUCUGCUGGCUUGUACAGAGCCGCGAUUUGUCAAAGCGGUUGUUCUUUGACGAUUUUGCCUUCAGCAAUUCAAUCUGAUCCCAGGCAAACCGCUUAUGACAUUGCGAAAUCGAUAAACCCUUUCGUUUCGGAAGCAACCACGACCGAGGAAAUCAGAGAUUUUCUCCAAUCUCUGCCCGCCGCAAAAGUUGAAGACGAGAACGCGUAUGUAACGGAUCAUAGUUUCACACUGCUCGAAUCGGGAAACUUUAACCAUGUACCCUUAAUAAUCGGAACAAAUUCCGCCGAAUCGCUAUCAAUUUUGGGAAUUUUGCUGCCCGAACUAGUGAUCGCUGCACUCAGCUAUGAUUUGAACUCGGCGUUGUUAAUACCCUACAACCUGAACCCUUUGCCGGGUACCAAUUUAAACGACGUUGCUGUAUUGAUCAAGCAGGCGUACAACAAUAACCAACCAUUUGCAUUGAAUUUGGCCUCGUUUGUUGAGUUUACCAGUGACCAGUUAUUUGUAAGAUCGUCGCUUAAGCAAGCUGAACUGCAAUCCAAUUAUAGUCCUGUAUACUUUUAUCAGUUUUCUUAUUCCGGAACUGUAGGCAGCAUACACGCCACCAUUGAAGGCACUGGAAAAGUGGGACACGGGGAAGAUGUACGUUAUCUAUUUGACCGGACUGAAUUUCCCUUAAACACAGAGGAGGAAUUCCUGACCAAAAGUAGGAUGACUAGACUUUGGGCCAAUUUCGCAAAGACAUUGAAUCCCACCCCGGAUGAAAUUGAUCCGCUUCUUAAUGUAACCUGGACUCAAGUUUCGGGUUUAAACAUCCCUUACCUGGAUAUAGAUGAGACUCUCGAGGUUAAGCCCGGUAAAAAGGUGAAGGAAAUGGAAAUGUGGAACGACGUUUUUUACACUUACGGCCAGCAACCUUUCUCGGGAUUUUGA